AUGGCUACGCUCACUGAAAUCGCCACCCUUGAGGAGAAGUACAUCGAACUAUGCAAGAAGCAUGGAGUCCUACCCAACACUGCCAUUUUAUCUGCCUUCUUUGAGGCGGAGGUUAAAAAGUCAAGGAAUGAAAGAUGUGCCAUGAACCUUUUACUGGACAGAGUGAAGUACGAUGACUUCCACCCGCUUCUCGAGCUAUGCAACGAGAUCAACACAUCAGAGAUAGAAGAAAUAGAUCUCUUUGUGAGAUCCUCUUGCUCUCUUGACGACCAUUAUACAUUGUCCUUAAUCCGUUCCGUCAAUCAAAAGCUUCGGCUUGUUCAUCUACAUGACUCUUUCGAGAAAAACUUCUGGCAGGACUUUUUCUUACAAGGAUUAAGCUGCAAAGUGUUGGAUGUGAGCUCUUUGGAUUAUUAUAAGCUUAACAUUGUAGGAGAGUUCACACAGCUACACACCCUUAUACUUGACACCAGCCGUUUACUUGGUUUUGGGGAAGGCUGUUUCUCUUGCACACCCAAUUUGACAUAUGUUUCCAUGUGUGACACUCGUAUCUCGGAUCUUUGGACAGCAGCUGCUGCUCUCUCCAAACUCCCUUCUCUUAAGGAGCUCCGGUUCCAGAUUUGGAUCUGUUGCAGUGACUCUAGCCCACUUAGAUCACAGUCAUCGUCCUCAUCUUCUACCCUGGAUGGUGAAAACACAUCAAACUCGGAAGUUUUCGAACAGAUGGAUUCUAAUUUACCUGUCGAAGAGACUCUUCAUAGCAUGGAUUUCUCGUAUACAGUUCCUGAGGAAGAUGAUUUGGAUUUGAAUGGAGAAGUAUUCAUGAGGGAAAAGGUUAGGAGAGGGAAGAAGCCAUACCAACCCAAGGAUGAUGUUUCACAAGUUGGUUCAUUCACAAGACAGUUUGGGGAUGUUGGGUUGAAGUACAUAUCCUCUAAAGCAUCACCGAUAUGUUUGAAGAAGCAUUACAGGAUGUACAUUAUAAACUCUCUUCCCAAACUAAAAGUGUUGGACAAUCUGUCCAUCAGAGAGAGUGAUAGAGACAGGGCCAGUGAAAUAUGUUCCGCAAACUUUGAGCACUUACCAUACAGGAGAAAGAACAAGGAAAAUGUAGUGAGAGUCCUCGAGAAGCGUGAGACGAGAUCAAGCAAAUGGAGAUCUCAGAGUUCUUACACAAGGUCUCUUUGUGCGGCUAGGAUGAGAUCGUCUGCUUGGCCGCUCUUGCGUUCGCUUCCUUUGACUAGGACUCACCAGGAAGAUGAAAACAGGAGGUUGAGUCCAAGGCAGUUUGAAUACCAUCCGUUGGAUCCUAGCUUAAUGGUGUUUGGGACUUUGGAUGGCGAGGUGGUUGUUCUCAAUCACGAAAGCGGGAAAAUCGUCCGUUACAUCCCGUCUUAUGGAGCUCAGAGUAGUAUCUUGGGACUUUGUUGGCUCAAAAUGUGUCCAUCAAUGGUUAUAGCUGGCUCAGCUGAUGGCUCGUUGAAGUUGUACGAUAUCCAAAGAGCGUCAUCCACAGUUACUAGUAGUAGCAGUCACGCCGCUUCUGGCUGUGUUACUUUUGAUGAGUUUGACCAGUUGACCUCGGUUCAUGCUAAUUCCACGGACCGACUGUUUCUUGCUAGCGGAUACUCGAAGGACGUGGCUUUGUACGACAUUGGCAGCGGAACACGGCUUCAGGUGUUCGCAAACAUGCAUCAGGAGCACAUCAACGUGGUGAAAUUCUCGAACCAUUCACCGUCUGUUUUCGCGACUUCUUCUUUUGAUAAAGAUGUUAAGCUGUGGGAUCUGAGACAAGAGCCGUCACGACCGUGUUACACGGCUUCUAGUACUAAAGGAAACGUGAUGGUUUGCUUUUCUCCGGAUGAUCGGUAUCUUCUAACAUCAGCCGUGGACAACGAGGUGAGGCAGCUUUUGACAGUUGAUGGACGGCUUCAUCUGAAUUUUGAGAUAGUCCCGACAGGAAGCUCCAUGAACUAUACUCGAUCGUACUACAUGAAUGGUAAUGAUUACAUUAUUAGUGGAAGCUGCGAUGAGAACAUGGUCCGUGUUUGCUGUGCUCAAACGGGAAGACGCCUCAGGGAUGUAUAUCUAGAGGGAAACGGCUCGGACUUCUCCAUGAUGUUUGUUCAGUCUCUACGCGGCGAUCCCUUUAGGAAUUUUAACAUGAGUGUUUUGGCUGCGUACACGAGACCGAGCUCAGUGUCUGAAAUAGUCAAGGUGAAUUUGCUAGCAUCAAGAGAUUCCACAGAAGAAGAAUCUCAUGGUCUUCGUUGUUAUCCUUCAAAUAGCAUGGGAGGCUAA